GUGUUCAAGCCACACCUUCUAAACGAAGUGUCUUGUUGAUGGUAUAGUAUCGCUGAAGCUGGAUCCAGCAGAUUCGACCACCUCCUGGAGAAAGAGACGGACAGACAUUUGAAAUCAGACUGGAUUCGCACAGCAGCAGCAGAAGAAGAAUCUCCAGAAUGGUCCACAGUCGCCUGGGCACUUCAGGUUAGACGACACACCAUGAUCCUCUCCAUCCCCUCCAUCCUGCUCGGACUGGGAGGGAAGUGUCUGCUCAACUGGGCCCUGGUGUUCCUCCAGAGGAGCCACGUCUGCAAAAGCUUCGUGGGGAUUUUCGGCGUGUCCCUGUCCGUUGUGGACACGGCCGCCAUCCUCAUCUUCGCCACCAUCACCGUGCACAGUGACGGAGGCGUCCUCCUCUCGGACCUGCAGCUGACCAGAUACCACGUCUGUUUGCUGGCUCAAAUCCUCGGACAGGUCUACGGCGCUCUGCAGUGGCCCGUCGUGGUCGUGGCUGGUUUGGACCAUCUCUGCACCAUUUCUCUGCCGCCGGCCUCCCCGAGGGCAAGGUGGAUUGUCCGCUUAUUUGUGACCGUCCUCCUGUGGUACCUCGCCGCCCUCUACGUCUUCCUGCUGUCUGACUUCACUCCCGUCUUGGAGGACGUGUCUCUCCACCAGAUGCACCAGUGCUGGGUCUUCCACACCACUCAGAUCCUGCAGGUGGUCACCAUGCUCCUCUUGACGCUGGGCUGCGCAGCGCUGCAUGCUGUGUGCAAAGACCACAUUACAAACCAAACCAGUACUCACUCCAGGAGAAGUGUCGUUUGCCAGGUCCUGUGUAUAUUUCUGAGCGCCUGGGCCCCGCUCCUGGUUUUUCUGGCCGUGCUCCUCCUCCUGCUCCUGCUCCCCGCGGGAAUGCCCUCAUACCUGGGACUGAAUGUGGCCUGGCUCUGCUUCCUCAACAGCUUUCUGAUAGCAGUCGUUCUGUGUGUAGUCGGUCCAACCUCGCAGUUUGCACAGGGCUUGGCAGCGGUCCCUGCCGACAGCUUCUGCGAGUGGAGGAUUAAAUUUAGCUUGGCUGCAGAGGACGGAACAUGACUGCGCCGAUGAUGAAACCUGAAAGUCUUGUUGCGAGACAAUAUUUUUGGAGAAGUGGUCACGAGAGCAGAGUCGCUCUGGUGAUUGUUGUUCUGACGGUCUGUCCAACAAUUAUGGACUGAAAAAUAUCCAUAACUAUUGGAUGGUUUGCCUUGGAAUUUUGUUCAAACAUUCACGACUCUAAGACAAUUCAUCCCUGUGACUUUGGUGAAACUUAGCUCAAACGUAUCCAAGGAAACAUCUCAAUGUACUGUAUAAUAAGACAUUCAUGUUUCAUAGACAUGAAUCCUACUGACUUUGAUCACUUCGAUCUCCUUAGAUCUUAUUUAUUGAUUGCCACCAUACGUUUGACAUCUGUGGGUUUGAGUGAAAUGUAUCAACAACCAUUAAAUGGAUUGAUUGAUUGAUGGAUAAAUUGGAGUUUUUUCAAUUUCAGGUUCCUGUGAAUUUUUUUUUACUCAGGACCAGAAAUACAAACAAAGUAUGCAAUGCAGUAAUAACAAAGUGAAGAUUUGGUAGUUGUAGAAAAUCAGUUAAAGGUUAAAAAAAUUUUUAUAAUUCGCAAAUAAGGCACAUGGGACGCAGUUAGGCCCAGUUUGUGUAACAAUAUAACUUGUUUGAAAUACUUAAGCAUCACAGAAGACUCUUCCCAUCGUCUGGAUGAAUGUUGUUGCCAUGGAAUCAGCGAGUUAUGUUGUGGGCUACAACAUCCUCCACUUUAUUUAUCAUUAUAUGUUGGAAAAAAACAAUACCACAUUUGCUAUCACCAGUUCCUGUUUUCUAAGCAGAAUCUUCUCAGAAGGUGUAUAUCACAUACAUCUAAAACUGUGUAUGAUGCCUGUGUUAAUGCUGCAACUGACGACGUGUUAAUCAUAUUUUAGGCUACAACUAACAAUUGUUACAAAUAUGACCAUUAGGAAAAAAUCCAUAUGAAGGAGCAAAGUUCAACAAAAGUCAGUACAUGCUUCAUUUGUGAGAUUCCACUCAAUCAUUUUGUUAAUCAUUUUCUGUUUGUCUUUAUAUUCGCUCACAGCCUCAAUCCUCUUGCAUAAAUCUUUGGAUAAAUGUUCUGCCAUUCUUCACCCGAUGAGUCUUUUCAGCUGCUCUUUGCUGGAAGGGUUUUGUGGCAGGAGACACUGGCCAGGUCACAGCUGUCACUUUUUUUUAUUCUUCACAUUGUCAAUUUCCUCUCGUGUUGAAAAGCCUCUUGGGACUUGGGAGUCAUCUUUUCAUGAAGUAUUUGGAUAGACAAGUUAUAGUAAUUGUGCCAUCUAUAAAUAUCUAAAAUAUAAAAAUAUCACCAAUUUCUUCGCGGUUACUCCUUGUGCCGAUUCAGAUGCACUUGUGUUUACUUUUUUAAGUAGUCCCUAUGACUUUUGUUUAAUCCAUUUCUGUCAAUUUAUAGUUUUUAUUUUGUGCGGUUUGGUACUAAUUUGAUUGAUACUUAUUGCUGGCGAGAGUUAAGAACUAUGAAACUGAAGAAAGCUUGGCUGAAUCCAAUUCUCCAUUUUCAUAUGUGAAAAUUAAAACUGAAUAAAAGCGUCUUGGUAAUUUUGAAAUGCAAUGAUUAUUGAUCAAUCUGCAGAAAACUUGGAUUUAAUAAAUUCGAUCUAACCCUGAAGAAAGUUUAUAAAAAAAAUGCCAGACAGGUUCCCAGAUGCCAAAGAUUACUUUGUGUGCAGACAACAAUUCAAAACCGUAAUGGGUUACUGAUGUGAUGGUUAAAAUUGUUUACUGGUUACUUUGCCAAUCAGUGUAAUUUCUGUUUUCCAUGUGACCUGCCCGGUCUCUGUAAUGUGUGAGUGAUUUCAUAUGCUUCCUUUUUGGGUAUCUUGUGCUGAAGUGUGAGGAAGCAAGUCAUAAGAACACAGAGAAAGCCCGAGGACAGCACCGGUUUGACACUACAGAACUUUACUUGAAUUUGAUCCAAGUUCAUUGUCUAUACAGGGCAUAUUUACAAGAUCUGAAAUCAGCGGAGGGGCAAAAAACAGAAAAAAAAACAAACACUAGAUACAACUGAGGUAUUAGCUAAAAGCAUUUACAGGUAUGUCAUUUACUAGUAAAUAUCAAUGAUGAUAAACAGUUAGAGAUGCAGUGUCUUCUGCUUAAAAAACAUCUUUUUAUAUCACAACAUGAGGUAGGAGAACAGUGUCUCGAUUCAUGCAAGAACAAAAGUCUCAUCACACUGUAGUUAUUGGCAACGUAGUAUGCAAUGUUCGUACACAGACACUGCGUUUCAUGUUUUCGGAACAGCAUCGAGGGGGAAGAAGGGUUCUUUUUUUAGCAAAGCCAUAAAUAUUUUUUCUUCUUCUUCCUUUUACAACAGGAUGUGUGGGAAAUUAAAACAUUAUAUUCUUAGUAGCCGGUGAUCUGUGCGACCAAUCACCAAGGCAGCCCUAUAGUUCAGACUUCUCCCACCCCGGCAUAUAAUUAUUACUGGCUGACAACUAUGCACCCAACUACAAAGCAAACCAACUAGGACAGUUCAAAGGUCAGCUUGGAUUUGUUUAAUAGUUUUAUUCAUACGUGGGCAUGUAAAUCCUGUAUUAAAAUAUGUUCAGGUGGUAAAGCCUGGCUCCUCCCUCCUCGUUUUACUCGGUUGGGCAAAACCUCACACCUGUAGAAAUUCUGUACAAAGCAUAUCCAAGUUCUCAUAACACUGCAAAAUGCAAAAAAGGGCCCAGCACGCCGUGUUACAGGGGAUCUUCUCUCCCCGAUCGUUUAGUCCUUUUUUUUUUCUCAUCAAGGUGUACAAUUCAAGAAGCUUCACGUCGCCCCCUUGUGUAUAAAAUGCUAAUUACACAGAAAGUAAAACUACAUAUUUUUUUAUUAGGGUAAAUGUGAAGAAUUUAAAGGAUUUUUUUUGUUUGUUGUUGUUCUGCUGAAGAGGUAAUUAAGUCAAUAACAACUAAUACUGAUUAUCUUUUCAGUGAUGUUAACACAUCCGGAUGAGGAUAUGUGAUCUGAAAUAAUAAAAACACAACACAUCCAGAGCUACAUGAGCGAGUUCUUCUCUUUCCCUUUUCAAAGCUGCCAUGCUUCAGUCAGACAUCGGAGGUCAUCACACACACACACACACACACACACACACACACACACACACACACACACACACACACACACACACACACACACACACACACACACACACACACACACACACA